AUGGAUAGCCUUACCGAGGCUUUGCAGAGCACUCGCUUGAACAAUGAACCGGAAGAGUUAGAGCAGCUCGUAUUCAACCCUCAGCCAGAUACUGGAAUAGAGGACACAGUCCUGGAUAACAUUCCUCGUUAUCUUUUCCGUCUCGCCUCCCCCAAAUCAGACGGAACCACGGACGAGAGAUGGGUUCGCUCAGCUGCGGCGGUAGACAAUGACCCCUCGUCUCUGGAAGAUAUCUUCUCCAAUUUGGACAUCGACAAGCGAGAAGAGAUAGCCCAUAUGCUCAACUUACAUCUUCGAUGGUGGCCAAAAGACGACGUGCAAGAUAACUUUGUUUCAUGGACCAGCUCGUUACUCUUCGCAAUCCAGUACAUUUACUAUCGCCAUUACAAGGAUGGAACCAGCCUUGACGAGAUCAAGUUGUACGUCGUCGAUACAACAAUAUUUCCGAGAGGGACGUUCAUGCGUGAUUUGGAUUUGCUUGACAUCUUUGGUGGUUUUGACCACAAUCUGCAGAACUUGCAGUCCUUACGCAACGGUGAUACCUGGUAUUUUGGAGAAUAUCUCUCUCAGGGGUCACUCAAGAUCGAAAACAAAUGUCAGGUCAUUCCUGCCGAUGUGCUCUUUGAACGCAACCGAUUGCGCCGUAUACAGCCUCAAUUCGCGAAUAUAUAUCGUGGUGAGAGGCAAAGGGCCCCGACAUGGGCGAAUGAAGUUGUUCGUCUUCGCAGAGCUAUAUGGCCACUUCCCAGUCCAUCAACCUCAGCUCCGACAGGAAUGGGCGAUCGUCUACAGGCCAUUGAAGAAAUCAUGCAACACGUUGCACCUGACUGGAGAUUCCCCAUUGCCAUUCAUUUUGCAGCGCUUAUUGGUCCUAAUAUUCCCCGAGUGGAAAUGGCAAGUCGCAACGUCGGCUUCCUAGAUUCGCAAUCCUGGUCUUUUCCUUGGUUGACCGAUUAA